AAAAAAUAAAUUAAAAAAUGAUGCUCAUUGAUCCAUAGAACAAAUUACUUAAAACAUAGAUAAUGGAAUUAAUCAUGUAUUUAUAUUUAAAGAGUGUAGGAACAAGUAAGAAAGAAUUGUGGUUGCAAAGGAUUACAAUUAUUCAUGCACAAAGUUAGAAUAUAAGAAAGAUGGUAAAUUGUUUUUAUCAUUUUCAUGUUUUAAUUUUGAUGAGAUUUUUAGUAUAGCAGGUAAUUACAUGAUAGAGAAAUAUUAUAAGGGUAAUAAAAUAGAAUUAAAAUAUAGAUUAUGCAAGAGAGGAUGCAGAGAAUGGAUUUAAUAUAACAUUUUCAUUUGAUGCUUAAUCAGCAAAAGAAGAGCCUAAGAUUCCAAAGAAUGCAACAGAAGCAGAGAAAGCUGAAAUAUAAGAAUAGAAAUAGUAAAUAAGAGCAGAGAAUCAGAAAUUAUUUGAGAAAGUCACAAGAGAUUUUUCAUAGAUAAGAAGAAACUUUUAUGCAGCUGCUUUUGAAUAGGCAUUUGAUUAAAUAAAUAAAGGAGAUGGAGCUAAUAAGUUUAAAUAUUAAAGUAGAGAGAAUGAAGUUGUAUAUGCAAUACCAGAUAAGGAUGCAUUAAACAUCUUUUAUGAAAUAUCGUUUUCAGAUACUGUAGAUAAAACAUUGGCAAAUCUAAUAAUAACAGAGAUUAUUGAUGCAAAGAAAAAUGUGAAGAUGGCACCUCCUAUAUCUAGAUCUAAUUAUUAAUCAUCUAUAUUGAAGUCAGCAUUUCCAGAAGUAUCUAAUAUAAAAGUGGAUCAAAAUUCAUAAGUGAUAACAAUGACUUUAUUUAAGGCAUAACAUUUUAGUAAGAAUAUAGAAUAAUUAUCCACAUUUUUAUAAGGAUUUAGGUAUUAUUAAAUAUUAAUAAAUAAUUAGAUAAUAUUUACAUUAUCAUAUUCAUGCAUCUAAAACAUAUUUGCAUUCUAGAAUUAUCAAGAGAAUAGGUUAAUUCUAAAGAAGUUUAUAAUUAUGUCAAUUUGAACCAGAGAUUGAAAAGAAAAGUGAGGAUCUUUUCACAUCAAGUAGUGGUGUAAAAGCAUGAAAUAUAAAAUUAAAG